GUCCUCCGAGUCUGCAUUAUUCCCCUCCUGCAGUGCGUGCGCUUAAUAGAUAUCGCUAAUAAUCUGUCUAGGAAAUCAACGCCACAUCUCUCAGAUGCCACUCUGCCGCAUGCAUUCGGGUUAAUAUGCGAAUAACAAAAACCAUUAUGUCAUACUUCGCAUGACUAAGCGCACCUCUCCUGUCUGCGCGGUAUGAUCGGAAUGCGUGACGCGGCCUGUGCGUGAACCUGUUCCGCGCGCCAGGACCGUAAGAACAGGUGGUACUGAAGGAUUUGAAAGCAGCAUCUGUCAGUGUCGCUUUCGAGUUCAGUUGUUUAACUCAGCAGAGCGUUGAAAUGUUUGUGGUUGCGGUGUAUCACCGUUCUGCGUCCAAGGAAACAACGCUGUAAACACGUUCAGCUCUUGAACUCCUGCCGUCCAGUCAGCUUCAUCCUGCACAGGCAUCACUUCCUUCCCAAUGGCUACUGCAGUCAAUCUGUGUAUUCAUCAAAGCGUGUGUGUCUGCAGUGGUCCUAUCUGGAUCCCCACUGCUAAAAUCCCACCUCCUCCCAGCUGACCCUCCCAUCCCCCUUCCCACACACCCGUGCCACAUGAGGCCCUGCAGUGUGACUCAGUGGACAAACUUACACCAGUCUGAGAGUCUGGGCCAGGCUUUCCCAAGCCACACACCUCAGUUUGCCAGCGCAAGAGACACCCAGGGUUAGGCUUUCCCAUUCUGUAAAGACAUCCCUGCUAUGGCGAAUUCCCUGAAGGUAAAUGCAACACUGACGGCAGAGGGGGAGAUCUUAGAGGAGAAAGAGGGAGCUAAAGAAAUGGAUGAUACCUUGGAUGAGCCUGCAGAGGAGGAAGAGGAUGAAGAGGAGAGGAAGGCACGGGCCGCAGCGGAGGAGGCAGCAGCCAGAGAGAGAGCCGCUCAGAGGCAGCUCAUGGCGAUAGAGGAGCUGGUGCAGACUGAGAGGAACUUCCUGAAACAUCUGCAGCUCUGUACGGUCACCAUCCACAGCAACCUGCAGAAACUACAGCCUCCUCCUCCAAACCUGGAGAACAUGUUCCAGCACAUAGAUGAAGUGAUGGAUGUUUCCAGCAGACUCCUGAGCCUCCUCGACCAGGCACAGAUACAUCACAGCGACCCAAAAUACCUGGAAGCACUCUGCGAUUCUUUCCUGAGUCUGUCUCAAGACAUAGAGAUGGCUUAUAAAGAGUAUCUUGCCAACUACAACAACAUAACAGCUCUAGAGAACAGCUACAAACAGAAAGAGACGCUGUGGGUGGAAAUGAUCCGAAUCAUCAAGUCAUCUGCUCCUGAUGUGAAUGCAUCCACUCUGAGCUUCUUCCUGGUGAUGCCGGUUCAGAGAAUCGCCCGUUACCCGCUGCUGCUCCAGACCAUCCAGAAACACACAGACCCCGGGCACCCUGCGUACCCCAUACUGGAGCACGCCGCUCACACUGCGGUCCAGAUCAACUGCAGGAUCAAUGAAUACAAACGCUUCCGUGAAGUCGCUGACAAAUACAAGAAGACGGAGAACCUGACCAUCAAGGACAAGAUCAAUCGGCUGAGUGGCCACAGCAUUGCCAAGAAGACGGCCCGGUUCAGCCAGUACAUAAAGCAUGAGACAGGAAUGGUUCCAAAGUUGAAAGAUGAAGAAUUCGAUGCCCUUGCUGGCUUCUUCUUUGUCCUGGAGAGGGGCGUCUCAGAGCUUCAUGAUAACCUGGAGGCCUAUCUCCACCAUCUGCAGAGGUUCCUCAGCUGCAGACCAGAGGAAGCAGAUCUUGAUCUGGAAGGAGAGAAAACCACCUUGUUCUCUAAAGAAAUCACAGUGGCACUCAGACAGUGGAUCUACCCCUCAUAUGAGGACCGUUUGAAGACUUUAGUCUUUAAGCCCUUGAGCUCACUGCGGGAACUGAUGGCAGGACCACGUAACCUCAUCCGCAAACGUCAGGACAAGCUUCUGGACUAUGAGCUAAUCGAGGAGAAGAGUAACCUGAACUUUGAGGAGCAAGCCAUAGCGAACACCUACAAGACCAUCAACACUCUCCUGCUGACCGAGCUGCCGCAGUUCAACAGCAAAGCCCUGCAGCUCCUGUGGGCCACGCUAGAGGCCUUCAGCUGCCUGCAGAGAGACCUGGCGGCGGAUAUGGAGCAGCUGGCCUCCAGCUUCACCCAUCAGCUCCCACACAGUUAUUUGGAGGAUGGUGAGUUCUGGAAGUGGGCAGAGACUUCGGUGCUGGAGGGUUCUAGGAGGAUGGAGAGCCUGUGUCAGAGUGUUCAGGGUGAGCUCAAUGCUCCCAUUGUGCAGGCGCUCAAUCCCGUGUGUGAGCGGCGUCUCAAGGCUCUGACCGCCAAACACGGCUCGGAGAAGAUCUACCAGCUGACAGGCCCUGUGGUGGGCACCCGUGACCUUGACCUGACCGUCAACAAGGGAGAGCUGGUAGCUGUCAUCAGUGAGAUGGACACGCGAGGAGACCGUCGCCGCUGGCUGGUUGAUGCAGGAGGCCCGAGGGGAUAUGUGCCUGCCUCAAAACUGGCACGUUACCACCAGAUAACCGUUGACCAGCCCCAGUCUCCUCAUCUGAACGUCACACCCAGCGGUCCAGGGCCGCGAAGACACUCCUACACCCCCGGAGCCCAGCCGCUGCUGACCACCAUGACUACGCCCUGUUUUCAGGUGUACGCAGGCUAUGACUUCACUGCGAGGAGCACUCACGAGCUUUCUCUGAGGGCCGGCGAGCAGGUGCGGGUGGUGGAGCCUCAUGAUAAGCGUGGAAACAAGGACUGGAGUCUGGUGGAGGCGCGUGGCCAGAGAGGCUACGUCCCCUCCAACUACCUCGCCAUCCUCCCCUCUGUGAUCGCCUCACCCACCUUCCCUUAUCGCUAGAAUAUCCUCGAGAGCACAUCAUCUGCUGCUGAUACGACUCUGCUAGCCAGUAUCCAAACACACACAGACCAUGAGAAACACUUUCCCUGAAGGGCUCUUCAUGCGUGAGGGGGCGGAUGGCUGCUGUUUGGCGCGUCAUUUGACUGGUGUAUGUACUGAAGUGUUGCUUGGGCCCUGCUGUGGAGUGCUCGUCCAUAUACUUGAUCUCUGCUUUUUGCCUGGGGCUGUUACUGGUGGAGAGCGUUUUAUCCAAUGAGAGAAGUGCUGCAGGGGCAGCAGACAUGCCGUUGUAGCACAUGGCUGCUGGUGGAGUGUGCUGUUUCCUACAAUUACCACUUGAAUCCACACCUCAGCUGUCCAUUGGAAUGAUGCGUUUGGCGGGCCUGGUACUACUUUGCUAUUGAAAUGGAGAAUAUUUGAGUUUCUACUGCUGACAAUGGAUCUCAUUUUUAUGAGUCAGACCUCUAUUGCACUGGUUUGCAGCCCACUUGAGAUGACUAACAUGCAGACUUGAAGACAGGAUUUUUGCAAAAUGCUUGUUUGUGCACCAUUUUAAUAAUACUUGAUGGACAGUUUCUAGUUAUUUAAAUUUGUACUGUGGAUCUAAGAUGUAUUUGGACACUUGGGGUAUGCUUAAUGUAUGCAUGUCAUUAAUGCAUAGAUAACGAAAUAUCAAUCCAAGUGAUGUUUAGUUAAAAAAAUGAUCCAAUAAAUCUUU